CCCAGGACCCUGCAUUCACCAUAUCUGGUUUCCCACAGUACACACAACAUGGAAGUGCAAUUAUUUUAGUAAAUAUAAUCUGCUAAAUACCUUUUCUCAUCAGCAGUUAAAGCAGUCUUGUGACUUCUAUCAGUGUCCAGCAGAGCACUAGUUAACCUCCCUAGCGGUCUGAUUAUGUCCAUAUUUCUGUGCUCAAAGUGGAGGAGUUUUCAUUCUGCUCUAGACAGUGCUGAUUUGUCCUGUGUUGAUCACAUGCACUCUCCCAAGAAAAAAAAAAAACCUCUACAGCAAUACACACCAAACUGAGUAU